CUCAGGUCGUGUAAUGAUCCAUCAUCAUAUCACACAUAAUACUAAUUAUAUUAGAAACAAGGUUAUUAUUAUCAUUAAUUAGAAAUGAUACCAUACAUUUCUAAAACUAGUAAUAAUUCACUAACACUCUUAUGGGUGAUUAAUAUGGCUUUCUUCAUCAUUCAUGUAGUGAAAGCUUCUCUUCAGGACUCACAUGUUUUUUCUCUACUACAGACCAAUUGGUGUGAAGACCAACGAACCAAGUUGCACUGCCAAUGGCAAGGUAUCAAUUGUGACCAUUCUGGUCACAUUACUCAAAUCACUUUACAUGAUAUUAAUGAUGGGAUGGCUUCAAUGGAGCAAAGAAUGUUAAAGAAUCUCAAUUUCACUUGUCUUCCAAAUUUAGCUACUCUUGAUCUAUCUAAAGCAGGAGUUGUUGGGAUUAUUCCAGGGGAGAUAGGUACUCUUACAAAGCUCACCCACCUUGACCUUUCCGACAAUGUUCUUACAGGUGAGAUACCUCUUUCUUUAACAAACCUUUCUCACUUGAAAGUACUUGAUCUCUCUUACAAUCAACUCAACGGUUCCAUUCCUCAACAGCUUGGCAACUUGAAUAGUUUGGUGUCCUUAAACUUAACCACAAAUGCCUUAACAGGUGCAAUUCCUGAGUCCAUUGGUCUUUUGAUCAACCUUACUCAUUUAAAUAUGUGGAACAAUCAAAUCAAUGGUUCCAUUCCAAUCAGUAUAGGAAAGUUAGAAAACUUGCUCCAUCUAGAUCUAAACCCCAACUACCUCAGUGGACCAAUUCCCUUGGCUUUAUUUCGAUUAACCAAAUUAAUCCAUCUCGAUAUUUCAAAUAACAAACUUAAUGGUUCUAUCCCUAAAGCUUUGGGUAAUUUAACCAAUUUGUCGUAUUUAUCUAUUCAUACAAACCAAUUAACUGGUUCCAUUCCUUCGGAAAUCCGAAAUUUGACAAACCUAGAAUAUUUGGACCUUAUUCAAAACAAAUUAACUGGUUCAAUUCCUCGAGAAAUAAAAAACUUGAGAAAGUUAGAAAGCUUGUACCUGAGUCAAAACCAUUUAACUGGUUCUAUCCCUCCAGAAAUCGGCUCCUUGAGAAACUUAACAUAUUUGGAGCUAAGUCUAAACCAUUUAACUGGUUCUCUCCCUCCACAAAUUGGAAACUUGAGAAGCCUAGUAACAUUGGAUCUUAAACAAAACAAAUUCAUCGGUUCCAUCCCCUUAGAAUUCCAAUUUUUAAGGAAUCUAACAUAUUUGGACCUUAGUUUUAAUGAGAUCACAGGUCCAAUUUUCCCUUCUUUGAUUGGUUUAUCAAGUAUUCAAAAUCUUGCCUUGAGUUCAAAUAGAAUCAAUGGUUCUAUAGGUAAGGAUAUUGAGAAUCUUUCAGAAUUGGACUCUAUGGACGUGUCAAAUAACAAUAUAUCAGGGAUCAUACCGACCCAAUUUGUCAACUUAUCAUACUUAGACUACUUGAAUCUUUCACACAAUAAUUUCAGAGGUCCAAUACAAGAUGCGCUUCUCAAUAAAUUAUCUACACCAACAUCUGGACAUGAAUUAUUGUCUGACUUAUUUAUUGGAAAUAAGGAUUUAUGUUGCGAUACCAUAAGUGUCUUCCCAAACUGCCCAAGAUCUUCCCGAAGUAAAAAGAAUAUUACAACAGUUAAAAUUCUUCUCAUCAUCAUCUCAAUUAUCUUCUUUUUUACUGGGUUUGUUGUGAUUUUGAAACGGUACCUUAAGACAAGAAAUGUUCAGCCUGAAGCAAAAUCAAGUACCAGAAAUGGGGAUAUAUUUUCAAUCUGGAAUUUUGAUGGAAAAAUUGCAUUUGAAGAUAUCAUCAAAGCAACGGAAGAAUUUGACAUCAGGUAUUGCAUCGGAACAGGUGGGUAUGGUAGUGUGUAUAGAGCACAACUACCUAGUGGGAAAGUAAUCGCAUUAAAGAAGCUCCAUGGUUCAGAGAUUGAAAAGCCAGCUUUAAAAGAAAGUUUUCUCAACGAAGUAGAGACUUUGACAAAAAUUCGCCACAAAAGCAUUGUGCAACUCCACGGAUAUUGUUUGCACAAAAGAAGUAUGUUUUUGAUUUACGAGUACAUGGAAAGAGGAAGCUUGUUUUAUGUGUUGAACAAUGAUAAAGAGGCUGUUGAUUUGAGUUGGAGCAAAAGGGUUAAUGUCAUCAAAAGCUUAGCUCAUGCAUUAUCUUACAUGCAUCAUGAUUGCACUCCUUCCAUUGUUCAUCGUGAUGUAACUACCACCAACAUCUUGCUUAACUCGGAACUAGAGGCUUUCUUAUCUGAUUUCGGUACAGCAAGAUUAGUUGAUCCUGAUUUUUCGUAUCAAACCAUGAUUGCCGGUACAUAUGGUUAUAUUGCUCCAGAAUUUGCCUACACCAUGACUAUAACAGAAAAAUGUGAUGUUUUUAGCUUUGGAGUGGUGGCGCUUGAAACUUUAAUGGGCAAACAUCCUGCUGAAUUAUUAUCGUUGGUAUUGUCGACAUCAUCUUCCUCACUACUUCAAAAUAAGUUACUGAGUGAAAUAAUAGACCAACGCUUGUCACGACCGAGAAAUCGCUUCAUCGAACGAGAUGUUGUUCUUGUUGCAAUUCUAGCAUUUGCGUGCUUAAAUGUCCAACCGAAUUGUCGGCCAACAAUGUUGCAAGUUUCACAACAACUUCUUGCUCCGAAAGGACUUUUAGCCAAGAGUUUCAGUGAUAUUUUAGUAGGGCAACUCAUGAUCCCAAAGUGUUUAUUAGAAGAUGUUGAAACUUGAAAGUGAGGUUCAGUGAUAUGUUUUCACCGGCGUCGCUUCACUAUUUUUUUCUUUUUUUUUUUUGUAAACUUAUGUAUAUGCUGUCCUCUUAAUUUUUCCUUGUUCAAGAUUUUAAUUAGUCAACGAUGUUAAUUAAGAUGAUGAUCGCAUAACUUUUUGAAGUUUUAUAGUACAUGUUGGUUUGAGUAAAUUUCAGCAUUUUUACCCUUUAAAC